CUCACAGUUUGAGCGCUCAGUGCGAGCUGUUCGUGUUGUUUGUGUUUAUAUUUUCAUCAUGAGAGAGCUGAAGAAAGAGGUGACGUCACUGAAGACAGAGCUGAUGGAGAGAGAGGACAGGUUACAGGAGCUGGAAAAGGUUUCCUGUCAAUCUUCAGUGUGUGUGACUGAUGGGACCUCCACAGAAUGUCAGGAUUCAGUGUGGAGCGACAGAGAUCAGUCCACACCACAGCGACUGCUGGACAAACUCUCUGAACAGAGAUCCAGAGACACACAGGACUCACAGCUCACUUUACUCUGUUCUACUGAUGGUAAUCAGGGUGAUCAAACCUCCACAGAGUCUCUGACUUCUGUCUGUAAUACUGGAGAACAGCAGAUGCUGCAGACACCAGUGAAGAUGUGUUCAGUGAAGCUGCAGGAGGAGAUAAAAGAAGAGGAACACAGUGAAGAAGAAGAUGAUGAUGAUGAUGAUGAUGAUCAAACCUCCACAGAGUCUCUGAUUUCUGUCUGUAACACUGGAGAACAGCAGAUGCUGCAGACACCAGCAGAGAUUGAAGUGACGCUGGAGGAGAUAGAAGAGGAGGAACAGAGUGAUGAAGAUGGUGAUUUUAUUCCUUCAGAUCUGAUGGAAGUGAAAGAGGAAAGUCAAGAGCUGAGUGGCUUAAAGACUAAAAAGAAUUUCUCACCAAAAAAGCCUCAAAGAAGAGCUGCAACAAAUACAUUCACCUGCUCUCUUUGUGGAAAGAGAUUCACAAUUAAAAGUCAGUUUAAUACACACAUGAGAAUUCACACAGGAGAGAGACCUUACACGUGCCAUGAGUGUGGGAAAAGUUUUGCUUAUCCAAACAAUUUUAAGGAUCAUCUCCGCUGUCAUUCUGGAGAAAGACCAUUUGAAUGUGAUGAAUGUGGUAAAACAUUUGUUUUAAAUUCAGGCCUAAAACUACAUAUGAAAACUCACACAAAUGUGAAGCCUUACAAGUGUUCUUUUUGUGGAAAGAGUUUUGCUGAUUUGUCCUAUUUUAAAGAACACCAGACAAUUCAUACCGGUGUGAGGGCUCAUGUGUGUUUUGAAUGUGGAAAGACCUUUUUGACAGCCGGCCACUUGAAACUGCACCAAAGAAUUCAUACUGGAGAAAAACCUUACAAGUGCUCAUACUGUGAUAAGGGUUUCACUCAAUCACAAGACCUGAAAAUACAUGAGAGAAUCCAUACUGGAGAAAAACCGUUCAAGUGUUCACACUGUGGAAAGAGUUUCACUCAGUCAGAAAACCUGAAAACACACGAGAGAAUCCAUACUGGAGAAAAACCUUACAAGUGCUCACACUGUGAAAAGAGUUUCACUCAGUCACAAAGCCUGAAAACACACGAGAGAAUUCAUACUGGAGAAAAACCGUUCAAGUGCUCACAGUGUGAAAGGAGUUUCAGUCAGUCAGAAAACCUGAGAACACACGAGAGAAUCCAUACUGGAGAAAAACCUUACAAGUGCUCACACUGUGGAAAGAGUUUCAAUAAGUUAGAAAACCUGAAAAGACAUGAGAGAAUUCAUACUGGAGAGAAACCUUACAAGUGCUCAACCUGUGGAAAGACUUUCACUCGCACACAAAACCUGAAAAAUCAUGAGAGAAUUCAUACUGGAGAGAAACCAUACCAAUGCUCUUCAUGUGGGAAAAGUUUCAGAGCAGCAAGUACUCUAUGGAAACAUGUAGAAAAGAAUUGUUCAAGUAGUCACAGUGAGCAAUGUAUUUUUUAGGUUGUUUGUUCAUCUGCAAUAUUUCUAUAAGAUGUUUCUUCUUUGAUGUCAAUAAGACAUUCAUCAGAUGUCUUUAAGGUGUUUAUGAUUUAUAAUAUUUGUAAAUCUGAUAUUUUUAAGAUGUUUAGCAGAUGUUUAUUAGAUUGCAAUGCUUUCCAGAUAAAAAGAUCUAAAACAGACAUCUCAGAGAUGUACAUGUGCUAACUGGGGAUAUAAUUUCUCCCAAUAGUGCAGCAGCAUAUCAGAGAAUAGCAAAGGACAUUUAAGGAAAGUCUUAGUAUUAAAUUAGAAAACAUGUUUUUGUGUGUGUAUUUACAGUACUGUGCAAAAGUUUUAGAUGAUUCUGAAAAAUACUGCAAACAUGGUUGUCGACAUUGAUCGUUUUCGCCCAUGCCACCCCCUCACCGAUGGAACUGCCCUAGGCCACCACCUAGUUCACUUGUAACUAGAAACGGCCUUGUAUGAAACCAUUAAAAGGUUCAGUGGCCAUCCAGCUCUCUGAUGGGCUGCACAGGGCGUUUCCUCUGUUGACAUGAGACACAUCCAGCAUAUUCAGGACAGUUAGUUCUGUCUGUCAUUUAAAGGUGCACUCACUAAUAUUUUCCAUGAUGCUGCACCCAGGCCACUUGGUGUCAGUGUAAAUCCAAAACGUCUCACCAAAAAAAAAAUAAAAAAAAAUUAAUAAAUGACGGAGUGCACCUUUAAAUUUAAAAUGAAUUUCUCUGUUCAUCUCAUUUAAAACUAAUUGUGAUGCUGUGAAAAUUGUUUUGUCUAAUGUCACUAUUAAAGCCCAUCCUUCAUAAUCUGA